CCUUUUUUUUUUUUUCAUUAUUUCUUUGCCCUUCAAUUGUUUUCAACUUUUAUGCCGCUUAGUGCUUUCAAUUCUAUUACCCCGUUGACCCAAUCGAGAUUUUGUCAAUGAUGGUUGGGCGAAACACUCUAGCUUUAAUCUCUAUUCUCAUUUUCCUCAAAUGCAUAACUUAUUCAUGGUCUCAUAGUGCGUCACCCUACGAACGGCAUCUUUAUAAACGAGAGAGCGAGUUAUUCGAAGAAAAAUCAAAGUGCGAUAACAUACAUCUACAGGAAGAUCAGUGUGCUUUCGUUCUACAGCAUUGCGCUCAUGCCACACCAGGGUUCAUUAACUAUAUCCAGUGGUACUAUUGUUCCUCUGUCAAACCUUUGGUUUUCGUUUUUAUGUGCUGUUGGCUAUUGUUCCUUUUUGGAUUUGUUGGUAUAGCAGCGUCUGAUUUUUUCUGUCCAAACCUUCAGACCAUUGCUUCAGCAUUACAUUUAUCAGAAAGUUUGACUGGAGUUACUUUCCUCGCCUUUGGAAAUGGAAGCCCUGAUCUAUUUUCUACUUUCAGUGCUAUGCAAUCAAACCUCGGUUCUCUCGCUCUAGGCGAACUAAUAGGCGCGGCAUCAUUUAUUGUUAGUGUCGUUGCAGGAUUUAUGUGUGCUAUCAAGCCCUUCAGAGCAAAAAAGUUCAGCUUUAUUCGUGAUGUCUCCUUUUUCACUCUAGCCAUCCUAUUGGUGAUGACGAUAGUGGCAGAUGGGUUUAUCUAUCUGCAUGAAGCCAUCCUUUUGAUUUUGUUCUAUAUAGCGUACGUUUUGGUAGUGGUGGUUGGAAACUAUAUCAUGAAGAAGCGAUCAAACUACUUGAAUCUAGUAGAAAGGGCCAGAAUGGAAUAUGAAGAAAAUGGAACGGAUGUGGAUAUAUUGUUAAGAGGGAAUAUGUUUAUGGCAGGAAACGAAGCUGAAAAUGAUGAAAUGCAGCUCUAUGAUGAAGGGUUUGAGAUGGAAGGUUAUCAGGAUAUAUCGCACCCCAGGAGAAAAUUGCAUCCAAGAUUACGAAUUCGCUCUUCCUUGUUUUCUGCAAUAGAGUUUCAGGAUGUUGUUCAGUCAUUAAAGAGUAAUAGUCUGAGGUAUAAUGCUCUGAGUCCACGUCAACAGGAGGAGCACUCUGAACACCGUGGCAAUCAACGACUUGCUCAUUACGAGCAUUAUACAGAUGAUGUAUCUUUGCAUACCACGGAAAGCACGCAUCCUGUUAUUUUCUCAGCCUCUUCAAGUCAAGCUCCAACCUUUCUUAAGCAAGUGAUGCUUAGACUGAGGAGCUUAGCCUCGGAUCCUUAUUGUAGAAGAGAAAUCAGCACGCGUUUGUUCCCUUCAUUGAUAAGGUUACGGCAGAAAUCUAUUUUCAGCAAAAUCAGCUCCAUCUUUUCAGCACCAGUCACCUUUCUUCUGACCAUCACAUUGCCUGUCGUCCGCGAAAAUAUGCUGAAAACACCCCAUCUCGAGUUGAACGAACAAACAGAUGACUUGCUCAGAGGCUACGAUGAGAGUGAUCAAGACGAUAACGACAUGUUGGGUGGGGAGGAAGGCUUGGAUACGGAAAAUGGCGGUUGGGUCAAAUGGCUCACUGCUUUGCAAUUAGUAGGAGCACCUAUUUUGAUAUCCAUUGUUCUUGUAACACAAGAUAUAAUUUCGGCUUCUAAAGGGUACCCUCUUGCCCUUCUCCUUGGCGCAGUCUUAUCGUCUCUCUUCUGGUUGACGACUAGGCAAUGGACGCAGCCCAGGUUGUAUUGGAUGAUGUGUUUCAUUGGGUUUAUGAUGGCUAUGGUUUGGAUAUUCUUAAUAGCCAAUGAAGUGGUGAGCGUAUUGCAGGCAAUUGGGAUGGCUGUUGGUAUCAGUGAAGCGAUCCUUGGCCUAACGAUUUUUGCUCUGGGUAAUAGCUUGGGUGAUUUUGUGGCUAAUGUAACCAUGGCGAAGAUGGGAUACCCCUUAAUGGCCAUGAGUGCUUGUUUUGGUGGUCCUAUGUUGAAUAUCAUGCUUGGUGUUGGCAUAGGUGCGACGUAUGUAACUUCGCAAAGAAAUGAGCCAUAUGCAAUUGAUGUUUCGAAAAGUAUUGUGGUUUCAAGUAUUGGCCUACUGGUCGUUCUCAUUUCUUUUCUUGUUUUAGUGCCUUUGAAUGGAUUCAAAAUGUCCAGAGGUUUUGGCUACGGUUCGAUUCUUAUCUAUUUACUAUGUACAGCAAUCAAUCUUUAUCUAGAGAUUCAUUCAUAAUAGUAUUAUCACCCAGAUUUCUUAGAUAAUCAUGACUGAAUCUCGCCUUUCACUGUACCAAGACCAUCAGUGACAAUUGUAUAUACAUAGUCAUAAAGCGCUCACUUCAAAUGGGAAAUUUUGGGUGGGUGGGGGGGGUUCAU